AUGUCGAAUGAAAUUCCCAUCAAGUCGCAGUUGGAUCUUCUUCAAGAAGCUGACUCGAUUGUCAGAAACUCCUCCUCAAACUCUUAUGUACCACGUGCCAGAUUUUCAUUCAAGGACUUGGAUAGAUGUCUUGUUGUGAUUUAUACAGGAGUCCAGAGAUUUCUGAGAAUGGAGUUUGUGAGAGGAUGCGGCGGAGUUGUUGUUCACAGAUCAGAGAAUAGUUAUAACCAAGAGGAUACUGUAUCUGCAAAAGUCAAUGAUGUCUCCCCAAUCCGUUUUGCAUCUGCUAUACUCAAGAGUGUCAUUAUCGACCAGUCUAUACUUAUCGGGGCUCUGGAAAUCGAAUUCUCGGAUCCAGAUCCUCAAGAACAGAUGAAGAUUUUUAAAGAGAUGACAAAAGUAUUGGGGUCAAAAGAUAAGAGACCGGGAACCGUAUUUCGUGCCAAAAAGUUCAUCACCAACUCCUCCACUCAUUCUCAAAUUGAAUCAUACUUCCAUCAAUUCAUAAUUGAUUUUUCUGUUCUCACAGAGGUCGCUAUGGAAGGAAUCUUCUUUGAAACUAACUACAUAACCCCUCGGAAAGUGUUCGAUACGACUGAAAUUUGUGGUGAAAUGACGCUUUCUGAAACCCAAAUGUUCAUGUCUGGACCUUGUAAAGAAGACACAAAUAUGUUGAUGCAGAAGGCUUGGAAAGUCGAUGGAGUUGCCACGUGUCGUCUGUUGGAUAAACGAGAUGUUCGACUGUGGGAGGUUGAGAAGACGAAGAGUACAAAACUCAACCGUAAAGUUGAACUGAAACGAGUGGAAGCGCCUAACUUGAAUCUUGUGCUCCGUUGGAAUAAAUCGGAAUGUGGACUUUGGAUUCACAUGGUCAAAAUGGAUCGAGAAGAGAAUUAUUUGGAGUAUUUCAAGAAUGAAACUUGCGGUCUUCGUUGGUUUUGCAAGAAAUGCUCUGACCCUUUUGACUAUUGGUUCUACCGUAAUCUGCCUCGUCGUGUCUACCAUGAGCCACAGUGGACUGAUAUCGGAUAUCGACCGACGAACAAGAAGGAAAUUUUUGAUGCUCAUGUUAUAAACAACACAAGAAAACGUGGCAAUCAUCAAAUAUUAAUUCGAAAACUCAUUCGUUCUCGUUUUUUCGUCUGUAGAACUAGAAAACGAAGAGGAAUGGUUAUCGAAGAGAAACGAGUACUGCUCCAACUUGGUCCCGGCGAUUUUGGUGCCUGUUGCUGGGCUAGUGCGACGGAAGAUGGGAAAAUAAUGAUUCACGAGACGGAUCCACAGAAAAUAAGAGUCUUCAAGGCUUAUGGACAAUUCAGGGAUAUUUUCGUUUAUGAAGUGGAGGAGAAAUUGAAGAAGAGUAAGAAUAGAUCGAAAGUCAACAACAAUGGAAUUCUGACUGUUCCGGAUAUCAUGACGGCAGCAAUCCGCAGAGCUGAAGAGAGACGCAACUUUGCUCAAGGGAAAGGGAAAAACGCCAGAUCGCCUCCGACUCCAGCUUAUCGAAAACAGUCUCCGGAACCAAAGAAGACUGUUCCAGCAGCUCCCAAAAAGAAGACGAACACAAAGAAAACACCAGUUCCACUGAAAUCAGAAGAUCCAAUUGUUGAGAUUACCCCGAAGCCCAAAAAUCUGAUUUCAGUUGAGAAAAAUCACGCGGAGAAGGAGUCAGAUCCCAUUCCAACUGCUUCCGAAAUUUCAGCCCAAGCUGAGAAGGAAGCGUUUGAGCGAAUGCUUCCCAAUCUAAUCCAGAAAAAAUGUAUUCCAAACUCUUCCGAAAUCAACUGGAAACAAGUCUACUUCUAUCUUUUUGUCCUUGCUCCCAUCUAUGUUCCACUCAUUUGUUAUGUCGGCUCCCCUCUUUUCGAUGCUAUCAUCUUGUUCUUCAAACAACUUGUCAUGUAA